AUGGAGGGCUGCCACGCGCAAGCCGAGGCGCUCGCGGACCUCUGCGUCCUCGAGAAUGUCGGGCUCAGCGAGGGCAUGCUCGACAAGCUGGAACGCGCUGACGUGGUGCUCGUUCAUUCGCUGCAUUACCUCCCGCGCGCCGCGCAGAGGAAGCUCUCCGCGUCGCAGCUGAUUCUGUGCCUCGGGUCGUCCGCCGACACGCGCCCCGUCGAGUCGUCGCUCGCGGAGGAGCUCGGCCUGCGAUUGGUCCACGUGGACGUGCCGCGCACGGACGAGGUCGCGGACAGCGUGAUGGCGUUGAUGCUCGGGCUGCUCCGUCGCACGCACGUUCUCGCGGCGCAGGGCUGCACGAGCGCGAGCUGGUUCGCGGGGUUCAAGGGCGCGUGGCAGGGCAUGCGGCGGCUGCGCGGGAUGGUGCUGGGGCUCGUCGGCGCCAACGCUGCUGCGCGCGCCGUCGCGCGGAGAGCCGCCGUGUUCGGCAUGCGCGUCGUCUUCUGCGACCCCGAGGGGGAGCUGCAGCGCUCCCCGCGGGCGGCGGCGCUGAUGCGGGCAGUGGGGGCGGAGAGGAGCACGGUUGAAGCUGUGCUGGCCGCCAGUGACGUGGUGUCGCUCCACGUGGCGCUCACUGAUUCGACGCUCCACCUGAUCAACGACGACACUGCCAAGCACUUCAAGAAAGGCGCCAUGCUGAUCAAUGCGAGCAGCUGCCACCUGGUGAGCGACAGCGCCAUCAAGAGGGCACUCAAUAGCGGCCGCCUGGGUAGCUGCGCGCUGGACGGCAUUGAGGGCAACCAGUGGCUGGAGGCGUGGGUUCGGGAGUUCCCGAACGUCCUCAUCUUGCCUCGGAGUGCCGACUACAGCCAGGAGGUUUGGGAGGCGCUUCAGUCCAAGGCUGUGGCGGUGGUUCGGGCGUUCCUAACCUCUGGCAAGGUGCCUGAGGAGCUGGUGUUGGAUGAUUCGUUCGGAGGGGUGGAGGGUGAGGAAGAGGAGGAGGAGGAGGAGUCACAAUGGCAAGCGCUACACGCACUCUUCCCUGCUUCUUCUGCUGCUCGUGGUGGUGCUGCUGGUGUUUCCGGCGCUGGUGGUGCUGCGAAUGGUGGUGAUGGUGGUGGUGGGACGGGGGGGAAGAAAGCGGGACGGGGAGGGGGAGGGCGAGCGGAGGAGGGAAGGAGGAGUGGGGGAGAUGGGAGCAAGAGUGCAUCGUCUGGGGGAAAGAAGCAAGGGGGGGAGAGGAGGGGAGACACACAGACGGACGCAUUAACAGCUUCUGUAGAGAAGAAUCUCCGGGACUGUCCCCUUCAAGACGGCAUGCUAGUCGCCCGACAGCCCCUCUCCUCUCCCCUCCACUCUCCGCUCACACUUCCCAUCCUCUCUCUGCCCCACCGAUCUCCCCCCCACCUUGGCCCCCCAAACCAGCAUCUCCCGGACUGUCCCCUUCAAGACGGCAUGCUAGUCGCCCGACAGCCCCUCUCCUCUCCCCUCCACUCUCCGCUCACACUUCCCCUCCUCUCUCUGCCCCACCGAUCUCCCCCCCACCUUGGCCCCCCAAACCAGAAUCUCCGGGACUGUCCCCUUCAAGACGGCAUGCUAGUCGCCCGACAGCCCCUCUCCUCUCCCCUCCACUCUCCGCUCACACUUCCCCUCCUCUCUCUGCCCCACCGAUCUCCCCCCCACCUUGGCCCCCCAAACCAGCAUCUCCCGGACUGUCCCCUUCAAGACGGCAUGCUAGUCGCCCGACAGCCCCUCUCCUCUCCCCUCCACUCUCCGCUCACACUUCCCCUCCUCUCUCUGCCCCACCGAUCUCCCCCCCACCUUGGCCCCCCAAACCAGAAUCUCCGGGACUGUCCCCUUCAAGACGGCAUGCUAGUCGCCCGACAGCCCCUCUCCUCUCCCCUCCACUCUCCGCUCACACUUCCCCUCCUCUCUCUGCCCCACCGAUCUCCCCCCCACCUUGGCCCCCCAAACCAGCAUCUCCCGGACUGUCCCCUUCAAGACGGCAUGCUAGUCGCCCGACAGCCCCUCUCCUCUCCCCUCCACUCUCCGCUCACACUUCCCCUCCUCUCUCUGCCCCACCGAUCUCCCCCCCACCUUGGCCCCCCAAACCAGCAUCUCCGGGACUGUCCCCUUCAAGACGGCAUGCUAGUCGCCCGACAGCCCCUCUCCUCUCCCCUCCACUCUCCGCUCACACUUCCCCUCCUCUCUCUGCCCCACCGAUCUCCCCCCCACCUUGGCCCCCCAAACCAGCAUCUCCCGGACUGUCCCCUUCAAGACGGCAUGCUAGUCGCCCGACAGCCCCUCUCCUCUCCCCUCCACUCUCCGCUCACACUUCCCCUCCUCUCUCUGCCCCACCGAUCUCCCCCCCACCUUGGCCCCCCAAACCAGCAUCUCCCGGACUGUCCCCUUCAAGACGGCAUGCUAGUCGCCCGACAGCCCCUCUCCUCUCCCCUCCACUCUCCGCUCACACUUCCCCUCCUCUCUCUGCCCCACCGAUCUCCCCCCCACCUUGGCCCCCCAAACCAGCAUCUCCCGGACUGUCCCCUUCAAGACGGCAUGCUGGUGGCCCUACAGCCCCUCGCCUCCACCUCCUCCUCCGCCUCCUCCUCCUCCUCCUCUCUCUUGCUCCCAGCAGCCUUCGCAGCCGCCUUCCCCAAGGCGCUCUUUGCCGCCAAGCGCCGCGACGGGGGGGCGUCAUGGCGGUUUGCUCCGGUGGAGGGCAUUUCCACGCAGCACCCGAGCGUGCAGUUUGUGAUCGUGUGCGAUAAGGUGGGUGGGUGGUGGUGGGCAAAAAGGUGGGUGGGUGGUGGUGGGCAACAAGGUGGGUGGGUGGUGGUGGGCAACAAGGUGGGUGGGUGGUGGUGGGCAACAAGGUGGGUGGGUGGUGGUGGGCAACAAGGUGGGUGGGUGAUGGUGGGCAACAAGGUGGGUGGGUGGUGGUGGGCAACAAGGUGGGUGGGUGGUGGUGGGCAACAAGGUGGGUGGGUGGUGGUGGGCAACAAGGUGGGUGGGUGGUGGUGGGCAACAAGGUGGGCAACAAGGUGGGUGGGUGGUGGUGGGCAACAAGGUGGGCAACAAGGUGGGCAACAAGGUGGGCAACAAGGUGGGCAACAAGGUGGGCAACAAGGUGGGUGGGUGGUGGUGGGCAACAAGGUGGGCAACAAGGUGGGCAACAAGGUGGGCAACAAGGUGGGUGGGUGGUGGUGGGCAACAAGGUGGGCAACAAGGUGGGCAACAACGUGGGCAACAAGGUGGGUGGGUGGUGGUGGGCAACAAGGUGGGCAACAAGGUGGGCAACAAGGUGGGCAACAAGGUGGGCAACAAGGUGGGCAACAAGGUGGGCAACAAGGUGGGCAACAAGGUGGGCAACAAGGUGGGCAACAAGGUGGGCAACAAGGUGGGCAACAAGGUGGGCAACAAGGUGGGCAACAAGGUGGGCAACAAGGUGGGCAACAAGGUGGGCAACAAGGUGGGCAACAAGGUGGGCAGGUGGUGUUGUUGACAGUGUGUGGCAAGAUGGCCCCGGAGGGCGGCGAGCAGCUGCUGCUGGUGAGCACCACACACGGCUCCCUCCUGAUCCCAUUCCACACCAUACCAACCCCUCUUCCAGAUGACGAUCUGCUGGGGUGCCGGUCAGUCUUCGCGGGAGGGAAGUUCCUGCAGGCAACAGAAGGAGGCGAGCUGCUGCUGCUGAACGAUGACUUGGAUCUCGCAGAAAGCUGGUUCUUCACCGCCCUGCCCCACCCCUCCAACGGCCUCGCACUCUCCCUCUCCAACGCCCUUCACUCGCAUGUGAGCUCCCUUUCUCUCGCUCUCUCACUCUCUCACUCUCUCCUGCUCGAACACCCUCGCCCUCUCCCUCAUCAGCCCCUUGCACUCCCACGUGAGCUCUCUUUUUGUCGCUCUCUCCCUCUCAAGCGUCCCCCCUCUCUUCCUAACCAACGUUCUGCACUCUUUUGCCUUUCUCACCCUCGUAUUUCCCACACCCAUCUCCUACCCAUGUGGCUCUCUGUUUCUGCUGACGAGCUCAGGUGGAACUUCAGGUGCUGGUUCACGUCUUGA